GGCCAAAAGAAUAAUAAUAAUUCUGAGACACAAACAAAAGAAAAAGAAAAGAAAAGAAAAGCCCUAAAAUCUUGAUCCCCAAUUUGAAGUACCGGAUAUCAAUUUUGGUUCAUUCAUCAUCAUCAUCGUCGCAAAGUGGAAGGCGGAUGCGUGGUCGCUUUACAUAGAUGCUUGUUGGAAGGGAUCUAGGGCUUCCAAAGGUGGUGGUCCUGGUGGUGGUGCUGGUGAUCGGGUUUGUUAUCCGCAGCAAAUGGCGGCAGGCGGCCGCCAGGAGAGAGGAGAUAAAGAGAUUGUUGAUUUUUGCAUCGGAGGAGGCUGCUACGGCUGAGAUGUACACCACUCCAAAAUCACCACCGCCUACUACUGCAUCCUUCAAGCCACCCUAUAACUGUGCGGUUUGCUUCUCUCCCACCACCACACGCUGUGCCAAGUGCAAAGCUGCUCGUUACUGCUCUGGAAAAUGUCAAAUUAUUCACUGGAGACAAGGUCACAAAGAUGAAUGCCGGCCUUAUGUGGCUGUUAAAGAUGCUUCUUCGAAGCAAGAAGAUGGUAAAGAUUCCAAUGCCACCUCAGCAGAUGGAAAUCGACCUGAAAUUGGAUCAUCAUCGUCUGAGGAAUAUUCUACUUUCUCUACCCCUAGCAGAUCCUCUGUUGAAGCCUCUUCAAUCAGUUCAGAGGAUUCAGAUGUUACCUCUGAAAAGAUUGAUCAGAACAAAUCCAAUCAUAGUGAUGAGGACAUUCAGCCCAGGCUUUCAACUUCAUCUUCUCACGGCUCUAUCGGGUCUUCUGAACCUACGACAACCUCUUAUAAGAACACAACCAUAUUGGAUAACUCUGUUACAAAGGGGCCUUCUCGUGUUGUUGAUGGUUCUAAUGGGCUUUCAUCUUCUGAAUCUUCAACUGGCUUUUGGGGUGGGACCCUUCAUUCCAAGAAAUCCACCAUCGAUGAGCUUGAUAGUUCCAAUAAGAACAAAACCGUAUUGGAUCCAAAUGGGUCAGGGAGUAACAAGUCAAAUGAUGCUAUCUCCUUGUCAAAAGAAAUCAAGUCCAUGAAGCCACCAAAAUAUAAUUCAGAAAUAUUAAAACAUAAGGAUGCAGUCGGUGACAGUGACGUGUUUAAGGAAACUAAAGUUUCUUCUAAAGCAUUUGAUGAGAAGUCAACUCAUGUGGUCAACACCAAGAGCGUUGCAUUAAAUUCUUCCAGCAGGCUUGCAUCUCAAUCUACAAAACCUGUAACUGUUGUCGAGGAAAAAAAUAAGGUUUCUAUUUCUUCAUCCAAACAUUCUGGUAGUGGUAGAAAUGAAAGAACGCUGAAGGUUGUUGACCAGCCCAAGACCUCCAAGUUGCCUCGUCACUGUUCACAAAAAGCAGAGAGUGAUACAGCAGCACAUAAAUACAGCUGCAAGGGUCUCUUCUCGUAUGAAAUGUUUGUCAAGCUCUACAACUGGAAACAGAUUGAGUUGCAGCCUUUUGGCCUCAUUAAUUGUGGAAACGGCUGUUAUGCUAAUGCGGUGCUUCAGUGUUUGACACACACACCACCUUUAAAUGCUUAUUUUCUUCAAGGACUCCACUCGAAAGCAUGCAACAAGAGGGAGUGGUGUUUCACAUGCGAGUUUGAAGGCCUUGUUUUGAAGGCAAAAAAUGGGAGCUCUUCACUGUCUCCUGUUGGUAUACUUUCGCAGAUAGAGACUAUUGGAAGCAGCCUCAACCAAGGGAGACAAGAAGAUGCCCAUGAGUUUUUAAGGUAUGCUAUUGAUACUUUGCAAUCCGUUUGUCUAAAGGCAGCAGGAACAAACACUGCCAACUCUUUAGAAGAAGAGACAACUUUAAUUGGACUUACCUUUGGGGGUUAUCUGAGAUCUAAGAUAAAGUGCAUGAAAUGUGGAGGCAAAUCAGAGCGAAAUGAUCGGAUGAUGGAUCUCACAGUUGAAAUCCAAGGCAAUAUUGCGACAUUAGAAGAGGCUUUGGAUAAGUUUACAUGUACCGAGAUACUGGAUGGUGAAAACAAGUAUAAAUGCAGCAGGUGCAAAUCCUAUGAGAAAGCCAAAAAGACGUUGACAUUGUUGGAAGCUCCAAACGUGCUUACUAUUGCCCUAAAGCGGUUUCAAUCUGGAAAAUAUGGGAAGCUUAACAAAUCAAUUCGCUUCCCAGAGAUUUUAGACAUGGCUCCAUAUGUGAGCGGGACAAGUGACAAAUCCCCGGUUUACAGGCUUUAUGGAGUGGUGGUUCACGUGGACAUAAUGAAUGCUGCGUUUUCUGGUCAUUAUGUGUGUUAUGUUAAAAACGUUGAGAAUCGGUGGUUCAAGAUUGAUGACAACAGGGUAAAAGAGGUGGAUGUUGAGAGCGUCUUGACCAAAGGAGCAUACAUGCUUCUCUAUGCAAGAUGCUCGCCACGUGCUCCACGGUUGAUACGCAGCUUAUUAGCCCGCCACCACCAUGAUCCAAAGAAACACAAAGUGUCAACAUCAUUUGGGUACUCCACCCAACCAUGGGAUGUUAACCGUGAUCAUCUAGCCGUGCGUCAUCGGUCUCUUGAAGAGGAAUCAUCCUCUUCAAGUGACGGUUCUGCAAUCUUGUCGGAAUCUUGUUCUUGCAGCACAGAGAGGGAUUCAAGCAGCAUAGAUGAUCAUAUUUCAUGGGAUUGGGAGCAUGAGAACAACAGCAUCAGCAGCAGCCCUUUAUGGAGGAACUUGCAUUCAAACUCAUCAGAUUCGGAUACAUCAUCGUCGUCAUCGUCUUCCUUCCCUUCUCCUUUGUACUCUAGGCAUCAUCCUACCUUGUACCAUAAUGAUGAUGAGCGUAGAAAGGUGAGUGGUAGUGAUAGUUUUAGCGUGGAUAGAUUAGGGGGGCGGCCUUUGGAAACCUCAAAACCAACUUUGAGAAGAUCAACGAUCCGAGUGAGAUCCGAGUGAUUCGAGUCAGGGUGGUGGUGGGAGUUUUUUGGGGUUAGGGGGUGGCUGUAUGUAUUGUACUACUUUUGCUCAUGUAGGCGAGGCUCUUGUUAAAAACAGUUAAAAGAGUGAGCCUUCCAACAUUUUGUCAUCCUCUUCCCUUCUAUAUAUAUAUGGUAUUAAAAUGCUAUGUUGGCGUAUGAACAAGAUCUUUCUGGUCAAUUCUUGUAAUGUACAACCAACUGUUAAUGCAUGUUAAAACAGAGCUGUAAAGCUACAAAUAUUAUAGUUGUCU